CAUUCUGUAUGCUGACAUUGUGGGCUUCACCAGGCUGGCCAGUGACUGUUCUCCAGGUGAACUUGUGCAUAUGCUGAAUGAACUCUUUGGAAAGUUUGACCAGAUUGCAAAGGAAAACGAGUGUAUGCGAAUCAAGAUCCUGGGAGAUUGUUACUAUUGUGUCUCUGGUCUGCCUGAGUCGCUGCCUCACCACGCCAGGAACUGCGUGAAGAUGGGCUUGGAUAUGUGUGAGGCCAUCAAGAAGGUCCGUGAUGCCACUGGAGUCGAUAUCAACAUGCGUGUCGGUGUUCAUUCUGGGAAUGUCCUGUGUGGUGUGAUUGGCCUCCGGAAGUGGCAGUAUGAUGUGUGGUCACAUGAUGUAACGCUAGCCAAUCAUAUGGAGGCAGGAGGUGUGCCAGGGAGGGUCCACAUCUCUUCAGUGACGCUGGAGCAUUUGAAGGGCUCAUAUAAGGUGGAGCCUGGGGACGGGCAGAGCCGAGACUCCUACCUGAAAGAACAUGGAGUGGUCACCUUCCUGGUCAUCAACCCCAAGACUGAGAGGCACAGCCCUCUGUUGGGUGUGCGCUCCCGUCCCUCUCUGGACGGCGGGAAGAUGAGGGCGUCUGUCAGAAUGACGCGAUACCUGGAGUCCUGGGGCGCUGCCAAGCCCUUCGCCAACCUGCACCACAGAGACAGCAUGACCACAGAUAAUGGCAAGAUCAACACAACUGAUGUUCCAAUGGGGCAGUACCACUUCCAGAGAAGGGAAAGGUCCAAAUCUCAAAGGAGAAGGUUUGAGGAGGAACUAAAUGAGCGAAUGAUUCGCACCAUCGACGGCAUCAACUCGCAGAAACAGUGGCUGAAGUCUGAGGACAUCCAGAGGAUCUCAUUGUUCUUUCACAACAAAGCUCUGGAGAAAGAGUACAGAUCAACAACACUACCAGCCUUCAAGUACUAUAUCACCUGCGCCUGCCUCAUAUUCUGCUGUAUAUUCAUAGUGCAGGUCCUCGUCCUGCCCAAAACUGCUGUGCUGGGGAUCUCCUUUGGCCUGGCAUUCCUGCUGUUGGCUGUGAUCCUGCUCCUUUGCUUCGCUGGUCACAUACUGCAGGGAAGAAAGGGGUCCUUCUGCUCUCUAACCUGGUUCCCCACUUCCUCCCGCAUUAUUGUCACCAAUAAUCCCUGGCUGCGAUUGGUCCUCACCAUGACGACCACUGCUCUCAUACUGGUGAUGGCCGUCUUCAACAUGUUCUUCGUGGAGGAUCCUGGAGGAUCCACAGAGGACGACCUGACAACUACUCCACCUGUGAAUCUAAGUAAUGACAGCCUGUUCUUCCUGGAAGAAAACACAGGAGAAAACAAGUUCUAUCUGCCAUACUUCAUCUACUGCUGUAUACUGGGCCUGGUGUCGUGCUCAGUGUUCCUGAGGAUCAACUAUGAGCUGAAGAUGGUGGUGAUGCUGGUUGCCGUGGUGAUCUACAACAUCAUCAUCCUCCAGACACACGCCUCCCUGCUGGAUGCAUUUAGCAAAGCGCUGUACCCCACCGAUACACUGGAUAGACCAGGAGUGCUGAAGGAUCUAAAAACGAUGGGUUCUGUGUCUCUUUUCAUCUUCUUCAUCACCCUGCUGGUAUUAGCCAGGCAGAAUGAAUAUUACUGUAGGUUGGACUUCCUGUGGAGGGACAAGUUCAAGAGGGAGUGUGAGGAGAUUGAAACCAUGGAGAACCUCAACCGGGUUCUGCUGGAGAACGUCUUGCCUGCUCACGUCGCCGAACACUUCCUGGGACGCAACUGGAAAAAUGAG